AUGCAUUUCAUCCAUUUCAUCCUCCUCGCCUUUUUCUACCAUAUAAACACUCAAACUUCAGAAGGGCAAACCGUACAAACAGAGCCGUUGGAUUUAUCAGUGUGGAAAGUGAGUGAGGAACGAAUACAGAAUUUAUCAAUUAAUGAAACGAAUAAAGGACAGACGGAAAGUUUCCCUCAAUCAUCUCACUUGAGUGCUCAUAAGAAGACACAUACUGGUAAAAAGCCGCGUAGUUGUACGAUAUGCGGGAAAUGUUUCCCUAAUUCAUCGCAUUUGAUAAGGCAUAAGAAGAUUCAUACUGGUGAAAAGCCACACAGUUGUACCAUAUGCAGGAAAAGUUUCUCCCGUUCAUCGAAUUUGAUAAGACAUGAGAGGAUUCAUACCGGUGAAAAGUUACACAGUUGUAUAAUAUGCGGGAAAAGUUUCCCUGACUCAUCGGAUCUUAGGAGACAUAACAGAACUCAUACCGGUGAAAAGCCGUACAAUUGCACGAUAUGCGGGAAUAGUUUCUCUGAUUCAUCGCAUUUGAUUAGACAUGAGACGAUUCAUACCGGUGAAAAGCCGCACAGUUGUACGAUAUGCGGAAAAAGUUUCUUUCAAUCAACAUAUUUGAUGAUACACGAGAGGAUUCAUACUGGUGAAAAGCCGUACAGUUGUACGGUAUGCGGGAAAAGUUUCUGUCAAUCAUCGCGUUUGAAUGCACAUAGGCGGAUGCAUACCGGUGAAAAGCCGUAUAGUUGCACGGUAUGCAAUCAAAGCUUCUCUCAGUCAUCCCAUUUGAAUGGACAUAGAAGGACGCAUACCGGUGAAAAGCCCUACAAUUGCGUAAUAUGCAAUCAAAGUUUCUCUCAAUCAUCAAAUUUGAAUGUGCAUAAGAAGAUACAUGCCGGCAUAAAGCCACACCGUUGUACGAUAUGCGGGAAACCUUUCGACCGAAGCAAUAAUUUGAAAAGGCAUAUGCAAACUCAUAGCAAUAAGUAG